GGGAUGCUAAGAGGUGGAUGGUAUAUAAUAAAAGGAGAUGUAGGCAUUGGAAAAAAGCAGAAGACUUCAGUGUGACACUAGAUAGAAAAGAGCAAACAGCAGAGAGAGCCGACAAGGAGAAGAGAUAAACCUCAGUGCAGACAGACGGACAGACGGUCAGGUAUCAUGAGGGCUCUGGUGGUGUUACCGCUGCUGCUGUGUGUAGCUGUGCAGGUGGAGCAGGUGAGAGCUGAGGUGAAGGCAGUGAAGCUGUGCGGGCGAGAGUUCCUAAGGGCCGUGGUUUACACCUGUGGAGGCUCCCGCUGGAGGAGGUUCCUCUCUGACAUGGACUCGGAUGUUCCAGGUUUGCCUGCAGGUGAUCACAACAGUCUGGAGGAUCUGACGAGCAGUAAUUCAGGCUCCCAGCUGACCAGACGGGACAUGAACAACAUCCUGACCACCGUGUGCUGCCAGGUGGGCUGCAGGAAGAGCGACCUCACCUUCCUCUGCUGAGGCCGACCCGUCUCCUGCUUCUCUUGUCGACUGAAAUGUCUGAAUCUGAAAUCUGAAUCCAACUCCUGAUGUUUAAAACUGAGAUAGAAUGAUUUCAGUGUAGGUAAAAUAAUCCUGGCGUAUACAGCUGCUGUUUUUCUACUUUCUUUUGACAUUUUUGUGGUUUUCACUUUUGUAGAUGUGAGUUUAACUGCACAUCUGUGAACAUGUUUCUGAAACUAAGCUGAAAGAACCACAUGUGCAACCAUGUGAAUGUUUAUAAUAAUGCACUCAGGGAUGAUACUCGAGCAGGCAAAGAGACAACAGAUAUCUCCGCCUCAGCUUGUGUCCUGCAUUAAGGAUCUCCACAGGGUUGCAGGUUUGUAAAAUGAUCAUCUCUGCUUUGAUGUAUUUAAGGGAAACCCAAACUGUUUUCUGUCAUUUCACUUUUUUGGCUAAUAAAUGUUCUUGCACAGAGCUUA